AUGAAACGCUCCCUGAACGAGCUGUCCCGAGGCUCCUCAAAGGAGGCUCUUUCGGACGGGAGCUCGGGGGCUGCGACUGCCAGCCACGGGGAAGAUGGCUGCGAGACCCUGCAAGACACUUCCCGAACGGACACCGUGAUUCUCUGCCAAGCCCGUAAAGCCCGGGCCGAGAUGAUGAGGCGGAAGAGAUGGAUUAAUCUUUCCAACUGCAAGCAAUCCAGUGUUCGCCGUGCAGCCGCUCUCCUUGGGUUGAAAGAGGUUGGCGAAGAGGAGCAAUGGAUAUUGUACUGGUCGGACACUUUCGUGUCACGGGAUAAAGCCCUGUCACUAAAGCGGUACCAGAAAAUGAAUUACUUUCUUGGGAUGAACGAAAUCUGUAUGAAGGAUUUGCUGGUCAUGAACUUAAAUCGCAUGCUAAGGCAAUACCCAGAAGAUUACAACAUCUUCCCAAAAAGCUGGCGUUUACCAUCUGAAUAUUUUGAUUUUGCGGCCUACUAUAAAGCCGGGAAACCCAAGACCUUCAUCUGCAAGCCAGAUCCUGACUAUGACUGGCGCGGCAUCUUUUUGACCCAGGACAUCAGAGAUAUGCAGUGCGGGGAGGACGUGAUCUGCCAGGUCUACAUUCCGAAGCCCUUCACUUUGGAUGGUUUCAAGUUUAACCUCAGGCUCUACGUCUUGGUUACUUCCUGUGACCCUCUGCGGAUAUACCUCUACAAUGAGGGCCUGGUCUGCUUUGCCACUAAAAAGUAUUCCGAACCGACCGAAAAUAAUUUAGAUGACGUCUGCAUGCACCUCACCAAUUACGCCAUCAACAAGCGUAUGAUGAACUUUGUCCCGGAUGAAAAGAAAGGCAGUAAAAGAAAGCUGUCUUUCUUUAACCAGUACAUGGAGGGCAAUGCCUAUGACCUGGAGGUGCUGUGGAGCAGUAUUGAGGACGUGAUCAUCAAAACCAUUCUGUCUGUGUAUCCGGCCCUGAGGAACACCUACUGCACCUGCUUCCGAAAUCACGUGUCUGGGAGUGCUUGCUUUCAGCUGCUCGGCUUUGACAUCCUGCUGGACCACAGCUUGAAACCCUGGCUGAUGAAGGUUAAGCAUUCACUGAGCUCUGUGAUGGACUCCAAGCUUGAUCAAGAGGUGAAGGAGGAUCUUCUUUAUGAUACACUCUGCAUGAUUAACCUUGCAGCUUGUGGCCGGCAGAAAGACAUGGCGGAAGAGAGGCCACGAAAGAAGGAACAGCUGCCUAAGAUCUGGUGGUCGCGGGAGUACAGAGCUGACGAGACACGAAACAACCAGGCUACCUGGGUGGAACAGGUGGAAAAGUAUGAAGACGAAAACAUGGGGAACUUCAAAAGGAUCUACCCGAGCUCCACUUCAGAGAAAUACGAGAAGUUCUUGGAAACGGUUGACUCCGAGGCUCGGGAAGAAUAUGUCAGGCAGAUACGCAGGGAAAUGCAGCAGAGGCAGGAGCAGAAGGAAAUGCUCCUCAAAGAACUGGGGUUCCCUGAAGAGAACCUGCAAGAAGAGUCCCAGUUGCAGAAGAAUCCCACCCUGUUGAUCUUGGUGAAGCCAAAGUCACCAGAAGGACUGCAGACAUCAUCAUCCUCCACUCCUACCAGCCAAGUGCUAGGAAUUGUCUCCAGCCCAAGCCAGCGAGCAGGCAGCUGGGAGGAGAAGAACGUGGGCCACAGCUGCGAAUUGUCUCCAGGCAGAGCAGAUGUUGAGCCAGAGCUGGUUUCUGAACAGAAGGCCGAUGGCACAGAACACUGCUCGCUGCUCCAGAUCCAAUCCCAAGCAGAGCAGAAAGAACCAGGCCAGAAGCAGGAGCAGACAGAGGUUCCAUCGGAGAUCCCUGCUGAAGCACAAGAGGGAAAUGCUGUGAGUGAGGCAGUGAACCAACCGGAGGCCAAUGGUCCGAAGUUCCAACAGCAGGCCCAAGUCUUGGAUAAACAAGAGGCCGAAGACGGGGAUCAGCAGCAGCUUCAAGAUCUGGUGCCACUGGAGCCCCAAGCUCUGAAAGAGGCCAAAGACCUGGUGCAGCAGGAGGCGGGAGAUGAAUACCCACCUCUACUGAAUACCCAGUCGGAGAUCUUCGAGGAGCUUGACCAGAAGAGCACAGUUGUUGGGGAGGAAACCGAACCAGCGGAUGCGUGCAGCACGCUGCCGGCCGAAAGCACAGAGCAGAAUGGGAGCUCGAGGCAAUUCCUCCCUGAGGUCCAGAGUCAGCCCAGGAGCCAAGGUGGCCUCGAGGCCCAGGCGUUCCCCCAGGGAGGGCAAAAGGCCGCUAGAGAGACGCUGAGCGCAACGGGCAACCCGCAUGCCACCGCGAAGGCCAUCAAGAAGUUGUCUAAGGUCCUGAAACGCAACCGCAGCCAAGUGGGCCUGGCAAGCAAUGUGAAUUGUUCCGGACAGACUGAUGCUGCAGGGCACGUUAGUGUCACUGAGGAGAUUUCAAAUGCACCUCGGGAUCAGCGUGAUUCCUGUUGCAACUGCUGGGGUUACAACAGGAUCUGCUGCAUGAGCUGGUUACGGGACAGUGCCGUGGAACGCGACUGCAGGAACCCGCCCGAGCACCAGUAGAAUCGAGUUGCCGAGAGGUUUCCCAACGCGUCUGCCUAUCCCGAGAGGGUGACCGAGGACAGGAGCAGAGGGAAGCUGUGCGUGUCCUCCGAGCCCCCAGCUUCGCACCUCGGUGGCUCUACCUGUUCCACAAAACACAGGAUUAGACAAAGGGACCUCAACAGUCAUGGCAGGAACACUGCUCAGCACUGCGGGCCCUGCUGUCUGCUCUGACUGAGCCGUAGAAGAAAG